CGAUUACAAAUCGCUCUACCAAUUAAGUGAUCAAAAUUAAAUUAAAUUAAAUCAAAUUAAAGAGAUCGAUUGAUGGAAAUGGCGAGUCCACAGCAGGUGCAAAUAAGCUGCAGUAUUCAAGAAAUGGUCAAAAACCCUAUCCAUGAAAUCCCCUCAAAAUUCCUCGUCAAUCCCGAGCCUGCAGCUGCCCAAAUUGCAAACCCUAAUUUCACAUCAUCAUCAUCACCUCUCCCAGUGGUCGACAUGGCAGCCCUUGUGCAAGAACAUGACAAGAUGAUGAGAUCAUCCCACCUCGACAACCUGCACUCAAUCUGCAAAGAAUGGGGUGUUUUCCAGCUUGUGAACCAUGGAGUUGAAACUUCCAUAUUGGAGGAAGUCAAGUAUGAGAUUGAAGAAUUCUACAAGCUUCCGGUGGAAGACAGGUUGAGGUACAAGGUUAGGCCCGGCGACGUCGAGGGCUACGGCCAGACUGUCAUCCACUCGGCUCACCAAAAGGUUGACUGGGCCGACCGGUUUUACAUUAUUACGAACCCGGUUUCUCGGAGGAAACCUCAUCUCUUUCCUCUGCUUCCUAUGCCUCUCAGGGAAGGUUUGGAGACUUACUUAUCGGCAUUAGCAAAUGUGUCGAAGAUUAUGCUAGGGUUGAUCGCGGAAGCCCUCAAAAUUGGUAAGACAGAAAUUCAAGAAAUGUUCGAAGAUGGGAUGCAAUCAAUUAGGGUCAACUAUUAUCCACCAUGUCCGGAGCCAGACAAGGUCAUCGGGUUGACUCCACACUCGGAUGCCGAUGGAAUAACCAUAUUGCUUCAAGUUAAUGGAGUCGAGGGGUUCCAAAUCAAGAAAAAUGGGGUUUGGAUGCCGACAAGCUUCCUCCCCGAGGCCUUUGUUAUUACUUUGGGCGAUGUCAUCGAGAUAUUAAGCAAUGGAGUGUACAGAAGUGUGGAGCACAGAGCUGUAGUGAAUUCAGAGAAAGAAAGGAUAUCGAUAGCAAUGUUCUUCAACCCUAAAUUCCAAGCAGAGGUGGGCCCAGCACCUGCUCUGCUGGCCCACCAAAAGCCCAUCUUCAAGACCUUGGGCAUGGAGAAGUACGUCACCUAUUUCUUCUCCCAGAGGCUCAAUGGGAAAACAUUCCUCGACUACAUGAAAAUUUAAUUAAUUAAUUAAUAUAUCAACCAUAUUUCUUAAUUAAUUAUAAUAUCACUAUUAAUUAAUUAAUUAAGUACAACUGUUGUCAUUGUGAUUGUGAAGAAAAUAAUUCUGUAUUUCAAAAGACAAGGAUUGGAUUUUUAUUUUAAAA